AUGGCUCAACCUCGUAGAAAUCGUGCGCGGGGGUUCGAUUUCGACGAAGAAGAAGCAGAACGAGAAGAGCAUCAGCUCGACCAACUCUUGCAAGAGUUCGAGAACGAGCCGGCGGUUGUCCACGACCAGGUGCCGAAGACCGAUGACAAAGUAGAGGAAGAUGGUCGAGAGUUAAUGCAGACGCAUAUAACUCGUGGUGAUGGGCAUUUAUACGAUAAUCAGACCUUCUUCAAUGGAGUUGCUUUCAAGGAUCGAGUUCUCCACUAUGCUCUUCGAACCAGGUACAAUAUCAGGCAGUAUAGGUAUGAUAAAGACAAGAUUGGUUUCGAUUGUCUGGGUGUAGAUGGUAAUGAAGAACCUUGUCAUUGGCAAAUAUAUGCUUCGAUCCUUCCAAAAGAUAAAAUUUGGAGAGUUAGGAAGUUUAUAGAGGAGCAUACAUGUGAGAGAAAUGGAGUGUGUGAGAUGGUGAAGGUCCCUGUGAUAGCUAGGAGGACAGCUUUGAGGUGGAUUGACAGUGAGUAUGAGUAUCAGUUUGCACGUCUUAGGGAUUACGCAGCAGAGAUAGUAGAGUCUAAUCCUGGCUCAUCUGUGGAAGUGGAGUCAUUCCAGAAUGCUGCAGGUGAAGAAGUGUUCCACCGGUUCUAUGUUUGCUUUGACGUGCUUCGGAAGACAUGGAAAGAUAGUUGUAGGCCAUUGAUAGGGCUUGAUGGUUGCUUCUUGAAAGAGAGAGUGAAGGGGCAGUUGUUGGUUGCUUUAGGUAGAGAUGCAGACAAUGGUAUCUAUCCGAUCGUAUGGGGUGUUGUAGAGGUGGAGAAUAAUGAUAAUUGGCAAUGGUUUGUGAAGAAGCUCAAGGUUGAUUUAGGUCUUGAAGAUGGUGAUGGGUACAUCGCUGUUUCAGACCUCCACCAUGGUUUAAUCAGGGCUAUCAAGAUAGAGUUACCAAAGAUGGAGCAUCGAAAGUGUGUAAGACACAUCUAUGGCAAUUUGAAGAAGAAACAUGGGGGCAAAACAAGGAUGAAGAGCUUUAUCUGGAAACUAGCAUGGAGCUACAAUGAAGCAAAGUUUCAAGUCAACUUGGACAAAAUUAGAAACUAUGACACUGGUGUCUAUGAUGAUGUUAUGUCUACAAGUCCUAGGAGUUGGUGCAGAGCUUUCUACAAGCUUGGACCUUGCUGUGAAGAUGUUGAAAACAACUCGACAGAGUCUUUCAACAGCUCCAUCAACAAGGCAAGAGAGAAGCCCUUUAUCCCUAUGCUAGAAACCAUAGCAAGACAAGCUAUGGCACGGAUAGCCGUGAGAUCCCGAAUCUCUCAUGACCACAAAGGUAAGUGUACCCCAUAUGUGGAGAAGAAACUAGCUAAGAUGCUUGUAGAUAAGCCGCAUAAACAUGGAGCAAGAAAGUGUGUGGUGACUAAGAGUGUGAAAGGCUACUAUGAGUCACGGCUUAAUGGUCAAUGCCAUACAGUCAGCUUGGAGAAUAGGACUUGCUCUUGCAGGAAGUGGGAGAUAACGGGAAUUCCAUGCAAGCAUGCUUAUGGAGUGAUGUUGAAGUAUGGUCUUGAUCCUCUGGACUACGUCUGUCAUUGGUUCCGCUCAGGUAUGUGGAGAAGAAACUACUCAGAUGGACUCGUUCCAGUCAGAGGUUGUAGGUUCUGGCCAGAGACAAAUGCUCCGGAUGUGCAUGUUCCUCCUGAGAAAGAAAAACCAGGGGAAGAAGCAGCUGAAGAAGGCCAAGAACCUGGAAACGAAACGAAGAAGAAGAAGAAGAGGCUCACAAAGGCAGAGAAGACAAGGAAAAAGGGUGUUAAUGAGUCUCUAACAAAGAAGCAGCGGAAAGAGAAACAGAGGAUUAUGCAUUGCGGAGUUUGUGGUGAGGCUAAUCACAAUUCAAGGCAUCAUGCGAAGGAUAAGGAUGCUCCAAGGGUUAGUAAUCUUUAA